GUUAUGAGUAUUUUCUUUGGUUGGGGUGCUGACAAGUACUGCGCUGUUUGCUCUGUAGAUUAAUUGGCCAGCAGCAAUGUCUUUUGGAAUUAAUUUGGGGUCCCUUCUGGUUUUCCUCCUACAAGCGGAGCAUGUCAACAGUUUAUGGGUCCCUCAUGUCCCCCCAAAUGUUGGCCCUUCUCCGUGGGGACGUGAUGAAACGAGGCUUGGCGGCUACCCCCAGAAUCAAUUCAGACAAGACGCCAUAGCUCCGAGCCCUCCCUGGAGUCCGUCCAUCCGCAGCCAGGCGGGAGUGAACAGUGCCUUGCGACAGGAACUCUCACGGAGACGCAAUUACCCAGUAGCCGUAACCCCCAGGUCCGCCGAGUCCAAGCAUAACUCCGUCGUUCUAAGGCCCAGAACACUACAGCUGUCAGCUUUCCCGACACCGAGAUCAAACCCACCGAGGUCAAACCCACCGAGCGCUCAUCACAGGAGCCGUCAAGACAAGCGGGGGGGAGAUUUCGUACUCUCUGACGCCAUCGCUAGCGGGUCUGCUAUCCGCAAUGGUAAGCGCUCGUCUGCUGGCUCCGUGCGUGACUCUAUUGAUAGAAAAGCACCCGCUGUUACCAAGCGGUUGAUGGAUACACCACGUACUGGAGAGCUGCUUCUGAGUCCUAAGGAUCGCUUUGCCACUGCAGUGACUCCCACCACACUUUCAUCCUCCAACUCUGGUCCUCGUGCGGUGGCUCCCAUAAGGACCGGUGUCAACGUGUCGCCUCAGCUGUCUGCCGCCGCCGCCGCGAGCGCCGGCCCCGAAAAGCCCAGACGGGCGGGUGCCAAGGUCGCCGGCCACAUGGUCAGACGGCGUCCCUCGUUUCGGUCUUCCAAGAACUAUCACCUUCCAGAAUUGGUAAAGGCCUACGGCAAGUCUGCACCGGGAACCGAGUCGUCAAACACGGAGCUGUCGGUGUAUCAAAGGGCUGGCCCGGACAGAAACGCACCCCCUCGAAGCUUCCUGACUGGUGGGAAGAGGACGGCUAACGUAUUUGCGCCAACCAAGGUCCAGACGAUCCCGAUACGCUUUGGCGGCAUCCCUAUUCAGCGGUUGAGAGACCCACUUAAAAAUGGCGGCACCGGCGUCGUGUCUCGGCCACAGGCGACCUACUCGGCCCCGCUGCAGAAGACUGUCUUUUAUUCUCAAAGGGCAAACUACUUACACAACCAAAGAUGACUUCACCUAGGAGGAAUAAAUGACUUUGUCCCACUUAUAAGUAGGCCUAAUUGAAACUUUAGAAAAUGUUAUCUUGCUAUUCUGUGCUAAUAAAUUAUUUUUAUAUUGA